AUGCCUCAAGAUAUAGUGAAGGGAGUACGUGCGACAUUUUCCGAAGCCACCGAGGUUGAACAGCUAGGUUCGCACACUUACAAGAUCAACCUCCACAGCGACUAUUGCGUCGGUAAAGUCCCCAACGGAGGCUACACAGCAUCAUGCAUGCUCGUUGCGGCCAACAGACACCUCGCUUCUCGUGGACAGUCCGACACUUUCACAGCCCACUUUGAGUAUCCCAAUCGAACAUCGUCUGGGCCUGCUGUUGUCAUUAUCGAUGAAGUGAAGCUAGGCCGGACCCUUUCAACCUUGCACCUUACCCUCUGGCAAGGCGACCUGCUCGCCAAUGCACCCUGGGUCAACACGUCGGCUUCUCGCCGCACCGUGCUCGGCUACACAACCCAUGCCAACUUGAGUACCUUAGCAGGCAUAUCGAUUCCCACUGGAUAUGAAGGGACUCCUGCCGCUUCACUGCCUCCAGUGCCCGAGUUCGCAGCUCUCAAGGCAACCGGCUCGGACCAUAUAUGGGAACAGAGCAGAUGGCCCGAGGUGUUGAAGACGUCAGCGUCCAACGGAAACUGGAGGUUUUACUUGCCUCGCCAAGGGCCCUUGAGCCCCGGCGUAUUAGACAUACGCGUUCCCACACAGUCUUCACACAUUCCUGACCACUCGGGAAAUGCGUGGGCUGUUGGAAGCGCCGCCGCCGAACAAAGUGGAGGAUGCGACAACAAGGGAGGCGCGAGAAGAAGUGGCUCGGAAGAACAAACAACGCGGAAGCAUGUGGUUCCCGACGGUGCUGCUGAACCUGGAGGCGAAAACGAGGCUACCGAAGGAGGGCGUGGAGUGGCUGGCGGUAAGGGUAACGGCGAAGCAAAUAAAGGACAGCAGGUUUGA